CUGAGUGACAGGAUCCUCUCAGACUGACAGUUUUGACGGCAGGAUGAACUCGUAGGAUUCUUUCCGAGUGUGCCGCCAUCGGAACCACGUAGCAAUGCUGGAUAACUCAUGCUGUCAUAUUUGGUCAGUUUUUAUCACAGCUUUUUUGAGUUUUGAGCGAUGGAGUUUGGUGCGGAACGCGGCGAUGGGAUCCUUUUUGCGCUUUGAAGACCAAGGAUGUGUAUGUGAUGGUGGACAGACUGGGGCAAGUCAUGGAGCCUGAGCUAAACUGUAGCUCCCAAUGUGAUUCCCCACUUUGCUUCAUCCAGUAUGGAUUCAGCAGGCAGGACGGCCUUGACAUUCUGCAGAGACUAUGCAGUCUCAACACGCUGGCAUUGGAGCUCCCAAAGCACUCCCUCUCCCCAGUGGUAAGUGCUGUUGUGUGGACGCUGCUCUCCUGUGGCAUCCUGUUGGCAUUCUGCUUCCUCUUCUUCACCCUGCGCUUCAAAAACAACAGGAUAGUGAAGAUGUCCAGUCCCAACCUGAAUGUCCUGACUCUCUUCGGAAGUAUCCUCACUUACACCAGCGGCUUCCUGUUUGCCAUCGAUGAUCAAGCAUACUCACUAGGUGGACGAUCUACAGCUGUGCUGCAUGCUCGGAUGUGGACGCUUUGUGUUGGCAGCACCUUGGUGUUUGGCCCAAUUCUGGGAAAGACAUGGAGAUUGUACAGAGUGUUCACUCAGCGAGUACCUGACAAAAGAGUGAUCAUUCGAGACAUUCAGCUGAUUGGUAUGGUGGCUGUGCUGAUCCUGGUGGACAUACUUGUUCUCGCUGCCUGGAAUCUCGCUGACCCCAUCCGGUGUUCACGAUCUGUUGGAGCUGUUGUCAAGGUGGUAGAAAGAGACGUUUCCUACUCUCUGUCUCAGCUGGACGCUUGUUCUUCUGUUUACUCAAACAUGUGGAUCAUCAUUAUUGCUGUCCAGAAGGGCUGCCUUCUCCUCUACGGCACUUACCUGGCUGGACUUACCAGCAACGUCAGCCAUCCUCCAGUCAACCAGUCUCCCACCAUCAUAACUGCCAUCACUCUGGUCACCUUCUCCUCUGCUGUGGCCAUCCCUGUGUCCAUCUUCCUGCAGGCCUGGCCCAACCUGGUCUACAGCAUUGUGGCUGGAGCCAUCUUCAUCUGCACGCUGGCUACUAACUGUGUGCUAUUUGUGCCCCAGAUGGCCCAGUGGCGGCAGUUUGAAGAGGAUCAGAACAACCCGAGUCAGAUGGCCAAGUAUUUCAGCAGCCCCAGUAAGAGCCAGCCAUCUGUGUACAGCCAGGAUGAGAUCUACUACCUGCUGGGAGAGAACAGCUCCAUGAAAAAACUCCUCAACGAGAAGAAUGCUGUGAUUGACAGUCUACAAGAACAGGUUAACAACGCUAAGGAUAAACUCCUGCGACUCAUGACAGCAAGUCAGCCCCUUGAGGACCAGGACAUGGAUUCCUCCGCCACUAACCUCAAUUCCUCCUCCACUCAGACCACCGAGCUUACAUCAGAAGGCCCCUCUUCCUCUUCUAGAUGUCAGAGAAAUGCUGAAUCCAGACUCUCAGCAUCUCUUCUCUCCACAAAUCUCAUUCCUGCUCUUGCUUCAAACGCUGUCACAGUGCCCCCUGAGCCUUCCACUGUUCCAAACUCCUCCACUCUUGUUGCUGUUUCUGCUCCAUCCCCCAUCCCUGAGGAUAUUUAUGUGAGUGAAACUCAGAGAAAUGUUUCCACCUCUGGUCCUGCAGACACAGAAACAGCUGAGCCCAGAGCAGGGGAGGAUCUCCAGCAGCUUAUACCCUUCAAAUUUCCUGGCAGGACAGCAGAGGAGACGGUUCACUUUGUCACCUCUCUCCAAACCUGCAGAGGACUAAAAGCCUCUCAGAUAGAAUCACUUGCCAGUCAUAGUGGUCUAACCCUUCAGACAGGCCAAAAUGGCAGACCAAUUGGUUUUGUUAGCAGUGAACAGUUGCAGGAGAUCCUCCAGGAGCUGAGCGUGGAUGCAGCCACAGAGACCACCCUUCGAUCUCCCGGUCAAACAUCCAGGGCAUUUUCCCAGCUAAAACUGAACACACUGUCUCCUCUACCCCCGAGGUCACCCUGCUCCCCCCAUCCACCUCUCCUCUUCCACUACCCAAGCAUCUCCCCCUACGUGAUGAGAAAACGACGACCACCUUUUCACUCCAGCAGAAGAAGCUUGGCUCCUCCGUGCUUCUACACAGGCUCAGAGGUUCCUAGCUGCAGAAAGAAAAGAAACACCUGUGCGCAACAAAAUCCAGAGGCUGAGACUGUAGAUGAAACACUUCUCCGUGUUAACAACAGUGACCCUGAGGUAGAAAAGAAGGAGGCGGAGGAGAACGAUAAGGAUGCAGGCGGGCAGGAAGUAAAGAGAAAAUGUCAAAAAUGUCUUUCAAAGUCUCACAGAUGUUGUGCAGCUCUACAUGUUGCGGAAGAUGGUGGCAACAGUGAGCAACGCCAUCAACACAUCAGAGACUCCAGCGGAUACUGGGACUCAGACUCCAGCAGCUCAACAGAUUAUUGCUACUACCACCGACCAUACUGCGACUCUUGCCUGCAGCGAGGCUCGCUCCUGUGCUCAGACAGCUCCUCAGACUCCUCCGACAGCGAGUAUGAGGACUAUACAAGCCUCUACUGCUCCCCACGCCCCGUGGUGUUCAAAGAUGAUCUCAAACCCACUUUUGUAUAAAUAAAUGUUUGCUGGGUUUAACAUAUUGUAUUAGUCAAUUUUAACCACUAAAAUACAGGUUCUUAUAAAAAUUAUUAUAAAAAGUUAAUAUGCCUUAAUGAUGGCAGCUGAAUUGACUGUAUGCUUUAACAGGGGAGAGUUUUCUCCUUCUGUAUGAAGACGACCUUCUUGAAAAGUUGUGGUUCAAAAACGCAAAAUAGUUGGAUAUAUAUUUUAUUACAAUUACUUAUAACAUUAUUUGUGAACUUCCUUUGUCCACCCUACUUGAAUUUAUUUUUCAAAAUGGGAACAGUAAAGAUAAAAUCAAUAAAAGAUAACAACAAUUUGAGAGGAAAGUAGAAAAGAUAAUAUAUAGCUAUUGUGAAAAUUUUGUAUUUAUUUUCAUAUUUAUUUCUUUUGUUGUAAUUAUUUUAUGGUUUAUUGUUUUGCACUGACAUCCGGAUUUCUUACAAUGACUUGUACAAUGCAAAGAUUUGCUUUAAUUUACUAAUUUCCUCAUUAGCAUUUUUGUAGUAUUUCUAAUUUAUUGGACAAUGUGUUCUCAAACUAUCAUAACGUCCUAUGUCAAUGCCAGCCCUGCCUCAUUAAUUAAUAUUUAUAUGUAAAAGUCAGAGUUAUUUGAAGUGUCAGCCACAAGUUUGUGAGUCUAUGUUUGUGUGUGUGAGAGAGAGAAAGUGACCUGCUGACAUUCAAAUUUAUAUAAAAUCUUACCUUUUUUAAAAGAAUUACCAAACAAAAUUCUGUUCAUUCGGCAUCUGCUUAGUAUGAAUCACAGUUUGAAUGCCACCCUUGUGCAGGACCAAAUAAAGAGUCAAUUUAUGCUUUAAUUGAGCCCAAUACCAAAAAAGGGCUAUCAGAUUAUUAGAGUGAUCAUGUAAACAGCAUCAUUUGACAUACUUUAUCAGAUAACAGCUGUUAUCUGGUUUUGAAAAAUCAGAUUAACUCAUCUAGAUUUUGAACACAGUACAUCGAUGUGCACAUAUACCUGUACUUCUGAUUUUUUUUAAUUCUUUUAUGUCUGCACGUGUGGAAAAAAGGAGAAAAACGGUGCACCAUGGAAUGCAGAAAGAGGAUGGAUGUGGCCAAUGAGACUUCACCCAUCCUGAACGACUGUUUUAAAACCUCGAGAUUUGUACUUUGGUUGUUGUCUUGUUCCUUCUUUGAAUGUUCUUUGAAUAGCUGUCACUUGUCACAUCUCAACCACCUCAGCUCAGACUUUUCACACAAUGAGCUGUCUGAAGUCUACA